AUGUCCAAAAGAAAAGAAAGAGAUGGCGAUGAAGAAGAAGAUACCAAUAUAAAUAAAGCACACAAUCCUUAUAGAACACUAAAAUAUAAGAAUUUUAAGAAAUAUAACAUUAAACAAUAUUCACUACCAGAAUUAAGAGAAAUAUGUGAAUGUUUAAAUUUAUCAAAACAAGGUUUAAAAAAAAAUAUCUUUGAUAGAAUUGAUAAUCAUUUAUCAAUUAAAUCAAAAAUCACCAAAGAAGCAAAAAACAUGUUCAAGGAAAUCAAUCCAUUUAAUAAAACCAAACCCAAACUAGCCAAUGCAAAUGUAGAUACACUAGAAACUCUUUUUUGGCUAAUUUUUAGAAAUAAAAUAUUAUUUUUAAAGAUAUUUUCAAAUUAUAGUUGUAAAUUAUCCCAUGGAUACGACUACAUCGACUUUGUACCUAAAAUAUUGUCCCGUUAUAGAAAUGGUCUCGAAAUCCUACGAGACAAAGUGAAAUGUGGCUCACAUUUAGUAUUCUCCCGAACACCUGAGGUCGAAGAAUUCUCAAAAGUUUAUGAAACUAUUAGAAAAGCAUCAGACCCAAGAAAUACACAGUUCUAUGAAAAUCUAUUUAAAAACUAUUCAAAACACUUUGUAUUUUUAGAAAGUUCAAUAGAUUCAAUUUUAAAAUCUUCAAAUUUUUUAGCACUUCAAAUAUUUAUUAAAGUAUUUGAUGUAGACAAAGAAACCGUUCACAAAUGCAUUCAAAAAUUUUGUAAUACCAUCGACACCUAUAGAAAUCUCAAAAUGUUUUAUAAUUUGUAUUCUAAUCAGCUGCUACCAUCAAUAACCCGUGUGCCAUUCAUACAUUUUGACAUCAUGAAAACACCAUUCAAACUUAAAAGUUUAAUCAAAACUUGUAAAAUACUCUCACAUUUAAAUAUAAUCAAAAUAGAUAAUAAAUUUCUAAUCAUAAUAAAUAAUAAUAACUCCUUUGUAUUAAAACAUGAUAACAAUAACAUUUUGAAAAUAUAUGACCCUAUUGCAAAUGAAAAUAAUAAUAAUAAUAAUAAUAAUAAAAAUAAUUAUUAUGAUGAUGUAAAAUAUAUAUAUAAUCAAGAUAUAGUUGCCAUGGAUACAAAUAAAGUUAAAAACAUCACCGAACCAAAAAUAAAAAACCUAUUAAAUUAUGAUAAUGAAAACAAAGCUAAUAAAGAAGAUAUCAAUAAUGAUAAUUAUAUUUUAAUUACACCAGUUGAUGCUAUUGUUAAUAAUAGAGAUAUAAUUAACAAAACCAUUCCAACCUCAAACCCAAACAAUAAUGGCAACAAUGAAGAAAGACCAAUCAAAACAAAUAAUAGUAAGAAAUCUUUUCAUGAAAGAUUAAUAGAUUUAAAAGUAUUAUAUACCUUUACAAAAGAGCAAUUAAAUUCAGAUUUCAAAGAUUUAGCUAAACAACCGUUUAUCAUAAAACCAUUUGAAAGGAUUAAAAUUGAAACAAGAGGAAGAAAGAAAUUAAUGAAAUUAGAUAAAAUCAAAAAAGAACCCAAUUUAGAAGAUAGUAAUAAUAAUAAUAAUAAUAAUAAUAAUACUACCACAACCACUACUACUACUACAACCUAUAACAAUAGAGAAAAUUUAGAAGCAGUAAUGUUUCAUGAACAAAAACUUUUAGAAUUUAAAGAAUUAAAAAGUAUUGUUUCAAAAUAUGUUUGUAUUUAUUUCAAAUGUAUGGAAAAACCAUUUGAGUAUAUAUUAAAAUUUAAGAAUAAAAGAAAAAUAUUUAGAGCCCUUCGAAAUCCCUCUGAUGUAGCAAUUUUUGCAAAAGAAAUAUUUGAAGCAUGUAGAUCUCAAGAAGAGCAAAAAGAAUUAAUUAAUAAAGACCUACUCAACUAUCAUCAAGCUUGCAAUUGGGGUUUUUUAUCAUUAAUUUUAAAAACACAAGAUCUAGUUAUUAUUAAAGAAGCACUCAAAAUCAGUAUAUUUAAACGCCAUUUCGAAACAAAUCCAAGUAAAGUCAUUCAAGUAAUCGAGUCCCCAAAUAUAUUAGAGUUUUUUUAUGAUGAUUACAAAAACUUAUUUUUUGUUGAAAAAAACAUUUUUUGGCAAUAUGUACCAAAUCUACAAAUAAUUAGAGAGUACGAAAAACUUAUGGGAUGUUGCAAAAAAAAAUUUUACUUGGGUAAAUUAUCUGAUGCCUUCCAAAGAAGUAUUAAGGAUUCCGAUAUAUUCAUUUUAGAUUUGGUGAAGAGAGCUUUAAGAAAACCAGAACUCUAUUAUGCAAAAGCUUCAUUUAGACUUGACUCCUACCACAAUUUAAUCACCAGAUCAAUAGAACUUGGCAAAUACGAUAAAAUACUUGAUAUUCUCGAUUUACUGCAUAAAAAAGACAUCAACCUUUCAAAACUAUAUAAUAUUUGGUGUCCAAACUCUCAAAAUUUUAUAAAAGAAUUAUUUUUACAAGGUUUUCAUAAAUUACCAACAAAUAAUAUAGGUGAUAGAGUUAAAAUUGGUAUGGUAUUGACAAUGACAAUGCCAAUCACAAUAAUAAUGACAAUAAUAAUGACAAUAAUAAUGACAAUAAUAAUGACAAUAAUAAUGACAAUAAUAAUGACA